AUGACGAACUUGUCAGAAGCCCCCGAUGGGAUCCAUGGCUAUCAUGGCAACAACACCGCCGUACGGACAUUGAUGAUUGUCUUCACCUCCAUCGCAUUAUACAACGCCAUUGAAUUGUUCAUAUUGUUAUUCUUGACCUUCACCCAUUAUCGCGGACUGUACUUUUGGACCCUUCUACUGUCCGUGGUGCUGGGCGUGAUCCCUCAUGCCAUUGGCUACCUGCUGGAGUUAUUCUCUUUGGCGCCAGUAUGGCUUUCUCUGACUAUCACCACCAUUGGAUUCUAUGUCAUGGUCCCUGGUCAAUCAAUUGUGCUAUAUUCGCGCCUACAUUUGGUAGUUCAAAGCAACAAGGUGCUUCGCUUUGUUCUUUGGCUCAUCAUAGUUGACGCGGUGAUAUUAUUGGUGCCAACAACCGUCUUCACCUUCUGCACGGCAUAUAUUGCUUCGCCAACCGUCAUACGUGGGUACAAUGUCAUGGAGCGAAUGCAACUGGCCUGUUUCUGUGCCCAGGAAAUGUGUAUCUCCAGUAUCUACAUUGUCGAGGCCGUGCGGCUGCUCAGGAUGAUGCCAGAUAAAGACCGACGCCGCACCAGAAUUAUGUACGAGUUGCUGGCCAUCAACUUUGUUAUUAUACUGCUCGAUAUCUGCCUCCUCGUUGUGGAGUAUAUCGGCUUCUACCCGUUACAAACAACCUUGAAGCCAAUGGUCUACAGCAUCAAACUAAAGCUUGAGUUCGGCGUCCUCGGAAAGUUGGUCACCCUGGUGCAAAAUUCUCGAUCCCAACCUACCUCAUCCGAGCAUGAAGAAUACCCUGGUUUUGUGGACCCUACCCAGCUCACAACGGAUGUCACGCAUGCUGCGCCCCGGGAAUCCCGAUCAAGGGGACGACGAGGAUGGAACACAAUGUCUGUGGAGAGCCUGCCUAUGUCUGAGCGUAGGAUCAGGCCAUCUACACAGUCAACCGAUGAAUCCUCUCAUCCUCCAUGA